AUGGAGACUAAUCGGCGAACGCCGGAGAAGGAGGACGCCAACACACCAGUGACUGUGUCAUUUGAAGGCGACAGAAGAUUCCAAGUUCUUGAAAUUACGCCGAUCGCCGAAACCCAAUGGCAAUAUCUUCGCCGUUACUUUACCACAUGGGAGGGAUGGGUCGGCAAUUAUGACUACCUCUAUCUUGUUACCCCAAAUAUUUGGCCGCUCAACAAGCGGUACAAGGAUUACGAAGCACCGUUUUACGGCUUGAACGAUGAGGUGCCGAUCAUUCUCACAAUCAUUCUGGGCCUACAACAUGCCUUGACAAUGAUCGGAUCCAUUGUGUCGCCCCCUCUUGCCAUUGCAAGUGGUGCAUUCUAUCUCAAUUCAGAGCAAAGCCAGUACCUUGUCUCAGCAGCAUUCAUAACCACCGGCGUUGCAACAGCUCUGCAGGUCACUCGAGUCCAUUUAACGAGAACCCCAUUCUACAUUGGAACCGGCCUACUAUCUGUGGUUGGCCCUACAUUUGAUAUCCUCGCAAUCGCCUUUAGCUAUGCGGAUAUGCGCUAUGCCAAUGGUACAUGCCCAUCCUCAUCAGAUGGAUCAAAACUACCAUGUCCAGAUGCUUGGGGUGCGAUGCUGGGUACCAUGCUAUGCACUGUCUGGAUCCAGAUCUUGUUAUCAUUCGUCCCUCCAAAAACGCUUAAUCGUAUUUUCCCGAAGAUUGUCACUGGAACUCUCCUUUUAUUAGUUGGAGUGUACUUGAUCUCGAGUGGCAUGGAAAACUGGGGCGGAAGUUCGAAUUGUGAUGGUGGAACAGGCUACUACAGUCUUUGUCCUGAUACUGCCGCUCCGAAACCACUACCAUGGGGAGAUCCGAAGCUCAUUGGGCUUGGCUUCAGCGUGUUUGUCACCAUUAUCGUCGUUGAGCUUUUUGGCUCCCCGCUAAUGCGUUCUGCAUCUGUCGUUUUUGGUCUCGCGAUGGGAUGCGCAAUCUCCGGUGCCACGGGCUACUGGUCCCGUGAUAAUAUUGAUGCGGCACCAGUGGCAACUUUUCUCUGGGUCCAUACAUUCAAGCUGUCAGUAGAUGGCGCACUGGUUCUCCCUCUUCUGAUUAUGUUCAUCUGCGAGGCUGUGAGCUGCAUGCCAGAUAUUCUCGCCACUGCUGAAAUCUCCGGCGUCGAUAUUGAUGGGAUUGAGUUUAAUAGCCGAAUUCAAGGUGGAAUCCUUUGUGAUGGGAUAGGCAGCUUGAUCAGUGCCUUGGGUACCGGGCUGCCAAUGGUCAGCCAGGCAGGAAACAAUGGUGUCAUUUCUCUUACCGGAUGUGCCAGCCGCAGAGCGGGUUGGUGUGCGUCGGCUUUUCUGAUCCUUAUGGGUAUAUUCGGCAAGUUCGGUGCAGUGUUCGGCUCCAUGCCCCCAUCGGUGCUGGGCGGCAUGCAAGUGUUCCUCUACAGUACUAUUACCGUCGCCGGUAUCCGAGUGCUCAGCCUGGUACCAUUCACCAGGCGUAAUCGGUUCAUUCUUACGGCUGCGUUAGGCAUUGGCUUUAUGGACAUUGUUUCCCCGAGUUGGUUCGACAAGGUCCUGGAUUAUAGUGGAUCAAAUGUCAACUUGGAAGGUUUUGAACAAGGUAUCAGCCUAAUCGUGGAGACACCGUUCAUCAUCGCUGCUGUUGUUGGCGUGUUGCUGAACUUGAUUCUACCAUACGACGUCAAACAGACGGAUGGGCUUCAACAAUCAGCACUCCCUGCCUAG